CACAGCAGUCGAUCAGCUGACACUGAAUGUGAAGCUUUUGGAAACACUGAAGUGUCAUUAUGAAUAUCACAUCAUAAGACUGAUCCUUUAGAAAUUACUUACUUGAAACUACCAAAUAAUCGUCUUGUUAGCUCGUUUACACUGAUACCAGUGAAUCUACUGUCUUGGAAAACCUAGAAACGUCUGUCUGUCAUCUAUCUGACUGUCAUCCAUCCAUCCAUCUCUCGUCCGUCCGUCCGUCCAUCUAUCUGACUGUCAUCCAUCCAUCCAUCUCUCUUCCGUCCGUCCGUCUGUCUGACUGUCAUCUAUCUGUCUGUCUUUCAGUCUGUCUGUCAUCUAUCUAUCUAUCUAUCUAUCUAUCUAUCUGUCUGUCUGUCUGUCUGUCAUCAAUCUGACUGUCAUCCAUCCAUCCAUCUCUCAUCCAUCCGUCCGUCUGUCUGUCUUCUAUCUGACUUUCAUCCAUCCAUCCAUCUCUCGUCCGUCCGUCCGUCCGUCUGUCUGUCUGUCUGUCUGUCAUCUAUCUGACUGUCAUCCAUCCAUCCAUCUCUCGUCCAUUUGUCUGUCUGUCAUCUGUCCAUCCAUCUGUCCGUCUGUCUGUCAUCUAUCUAUCUGUCUGUCUUUCAGUCUGUCUGUCUUUCAGUCUGUCUGUCAUCUAUCUAUCUAUCUAUCUGUCUGUCUGUCUGUCUGUCUGUCAUCUGUCCAUCCAUCUGUCCGUCUGUCUGUCAUCUAUCUGUCUGUCUGUCUAUCUGUCUGUCUAUCAUCUAUCUGUCUGACUGUCAUCUAUCUGUCUGUCUUUCAGUCUGUCUGCAUCUAUCUAUCUAUCUAUCUAUCUGACUGACUGUCUGUCAUCUAUCUGUCUUGUCUGUCCCUCUGACUGUCAUCUAUCUAUCUAUCUAUCUGUCUGUCUGACUGCCAUCUAUCCAUUUGUCUGUCUGUCUGACUGUCAUCUAUCCAUUUGUCUGUCUGUCUGACUGUCAUCUAUCCAUUUGUCUGUCUGUCUGACUGUCAUCUAUCCAUUUGUCUGUCUGUCUGACUGUCAUCUAUCUAUCUGACUGUCUGUCUGUCUGUCAUCUAUCUAUCUGACUGUCAUCUAUCCAUUUGUCUGUCUGUCUGAUUGUCAUCUAUCUACCUAUCUGUCUGUCUGUCUGUCAUCUAUCUGUCUGUCUGACUGUCAUCUAUCUAAUCUAUCUAUCUGUCUGUCUGUCUGUCUGUCAUCUAUCUAUCUCUGUCUGUCUGUCAUCUAUCUAUCUGACUGUCUGACUGUCAUCUAUCUAUCUGUCUGUCUGACUGUCAUCUAUCUAUCUGUCUGUCUGUCAUCUGUCUACCUAUCUGUCUGUAUGUCUGUCAUCUAUCUAUCUGUCUGUCUGACUGUCAUCUAUCUAUCUGUCUGUCUGACUGUCAUCUAUCUAUCUGUCUGUAUGUCUGUCAUUUAUCUAUCUGUCUGUCUGUCUGUCAUCUAUCUAUCUGUCUGUCUGUCAUCUAUCUAUCUGUCUGACUGUCAUCUAUCUAUCUGUCUGUCUGUCUGUCUGUCAUCUAUCUAUCUCUGUCUGUCUGUCAUCUAUCUAUCUGACUGUCAUCUAUCUAUCUGUCUGUCUGACUGUCAUCUAUCUAUCUGUCUCUCUGUCAUCUGUCUACCUAUCUGUCUGUAUGUCUGUCAUCUAUCUAUCUGUCUGUCUGACUGUCAUCUAUCUAUCUGUCUGUCUGACUGUCAUCUAUCUAUCUGUCUGUAUGUCUGUCAUUUAUCUAUCUGUCUGUCUGUCUGUCAUCUAUCUAUCUGUCUGACUGUCAUCUAUCUAUCUGUCUGACUGUCAUCUAUCUAUCUGUCUGUAUGUCUGUCAUCUAUCUAUCUGUCUGUCUGUCUGUCAUCUAUCUAUCUGUCUGACUGUCAUCUAUCUAUCUGACUGACUGUCUGUCAUCUAUCUGUCUUGUCUGUCCCUCUGACUGUCAUCUAUCUAUCUAUCUAUCUAUCUGUCUGUCUGACUGUCAUCUAUCCAUUUGUCUGUCUGUCUGACUGCCAUCUAUCCAUUUGUCUGUCUGUCUGACUGUCAUCUAUCCAUUUGUCUGUCUGUCUGACUGUCAUCUAUCCAUUUGUCUGUCUGUCUGACUGUCAUCUAUCCAUUUGUCUGUCUGUCUGACUGUCAUCUAUCUAUCUGACUGUCUGUCUGUCUGUCAUCUAUCUAUCUGACUGUCAUCUAUCCAUUUGUCUGUCUGUCUGAUUGUCAUCUAUCUACCUAUCUGUCUGUCUGUCUGUCAUCUAUCUGUCUGUCUGACUGUCAUCUAUCUAAUCUAUCUAUCUGUCUGUCUGUCUGUCUGUCAUCUAUCUAUCUCUGUCUGUCUGUCAUCUAUCUAUCUGACUGUCUGACUGUCAUCUAUCUAUCUGUCUGUCUGACUGUCAUCUAUCUAUCUGUCUGUCUGUCAUCUGUCUACCUAUCUGUCUGUAUGUCUGUCAUCUAUCUAUCUGUCUGUCUGACUGUCAUCUAUCUAUCUGUCUGUCUGACUGUCAUCUAUCUAUCUGUCUGUAUGUCUGUCAUUUAUCUAUCUGUCUGUCUGUCUGUCAUCUAUCUAUCUGUCUGACUGUCAUCUAUCUAUCUGUCUGUCUGUCAUCUAUCUAUCUAUCUGUCUGUCUGUCAUCUAUCUACCUAUCUGUCUGUAUGUCUGUCAUCUAUCUAUCUGUCUGUCUGACUGUCAUCUAUCCAUUUGUCUGUCUGUCUGACUGUCAUCUAUCUAUCUAUCUGUCUGUCUGACUGUCAUCUAUCCAUUUGUCUGUCUGUCUGUCUGUCUAUUCUUUUUUAUUUCUUUUUUACUUUUUUCUUUCCCAAUUUUUUUUUUUAUCACCAUUAAGUUUAUCACCAUUUUUAAUCACCUUUUUGUCACUUAAAUAGUGGUGCAAUGUGACAAAAUGCCAUUUUUAAGUACAAAUAUUAAAUAUUGUCUCUCAAUAAAUGUGAUGUCAUAAAACGGCAUGCUUUAUAUUUACACAAGAAAUAAAACUUGUUUUAAAAUAGUUUUACAGAAGUUCAGCAACCAGUUACAGGCUCUACAUUUCCCGCUUGUCAGCAGCCAUGACGGAGUUCUGGUUGAUUUCUGCUCCAGGAGAGAAAACCUGCCAGCAGACAUGGGACAAAUUAAUGACAGCCACCACUCGCACCAACAACAUCUCCACCAAUAGCAAGUUCAACAUUCCUGAUCUCAAGGUCGGAACACUAGAUGUGUUAGUGGGGCUCUCCGACGAGCUCGCCAAAGUGGACUCUUUUGUUGAGAGUGUGGUGAAGAAGGUUGCUCAGUACAUGACUGAUGUGUUGGAGGACAGCCGAGACAAAGUCCAGGAGAACCUGCUCGCUAACGGAGUUGAUCUGGUCACCUACGUCACACGAUUCCAGUGGGAUAUGGCCAAAUACCCCAUUAAACAAUCAUUGAAGAACAUUUCUGAGAUCAUAUCGAAGCAAGUAUCACAGAUUGAUAAUGACCUGAAGGCUCGAGCGUCAGCUUACAACAACCUGAAGGGAAACUUACAAAACCUGGAGAGGAAGAACGCAGGGAGUCUGCUCACCAGGAGUCUGGCUGAUAUUGUCAAGAAAGAUGACUUUGUGCUGGAUUCUGAGUAUCUCAUUACUAUGCUGGUGGUGGUACCAAAAACGAAUUACGCAGACUGGCAGCGCACUUACGAGACUCUCGCUGAAAUGGUGGUGCCACGAUCCACAAAUCUGCUGUUUGAGGAUCAGGACAGCGGCCUGUUUUCUGUCACACUCUUCAGAAAGGCCAUCGAUGACUUCAGACACAAGGCCAGAGAGAACAAGUUCACGGUGCGAGACUUCCAGUACAACGAAGAGGAAAUGAAAGCAGAUAAAGAGGAGAUGACACGACUCUCUACUGACAAGAAAAAGCAGUUUGGGCCACUCGUCCGAUGGCUUAAAGUGAACUUCAGCGAGGCGUUCAUUGCUUGGAUCCACAUCAAGGCUCUGAGGGUCUUUGUGGAGUCUGUGUUGAGAUAUGGAUUGCCGGUGAACUUCCAAGCGAUGCUGCUCCAGCCCAACAAGAAGAAUAUGAAGAAACUGAGGGAAGUACUGUACGAUCUUUAUAAGCACCUGGACAGCAGCGCGGCCGCCAUUAUCGACCAAUCUGCCAUGGAUAUUCCUGGCUUGAACCUCAGCCAGCAGGAGUAUUAUCCAUACGUGUACUACAAAAUCGACUGCAACCUGCUCGACUUCAAAUAGAAGAGUCAUUCUCAAUCGCUUCCACCGUCCUUUUGUUUUGUCUUUGUGAAUAAAUCUAAGUUAAAUUGAACUGUAUAUUGCUGCACUCUUUCUCUGGUUCUAGUCGCCCCGUCAUGUAUGCUCAUUCAUAUUCAAAGAUACUUCUCUAAUGCAUUUCAAUCAAUGAAGGUCGGAGAGUAUCUAUAUCUGCUGUCUUUAGUAUUUUGUUUACAUUUUUUUUUAAAGAAUGUCAUUGUGUUAUCAUACGUGCAAGUAAAAGAAAUGAUGCAUUUUUAAGUUAUGUUUUGUGAAGUGUACUGUAGUAGUGCCAUCUGAUGUUAGUGAUAGAUAUUGUGUGCGGACAACUGUGUUUUUAUCUCUUAUUCUUUAAAAUGCACCAGUGGUCCAUUUAAACAAACAAAAUGAGAGGUGUUACAAAGGUGUUACAAAGAUGCAAUAUAAAUGUGAUGUUAUGUACAUUUGGUGUUAAAAGAGUUGUAUGUGCAAAAUUACUGUAUGUCAUGGAAUCAACAUAUACAUUAAUAUGAGUAUACAAAA